AGGAUAGAAACUGGCCAUAUCCUCAUUCUUUGACCCGAAUAGAUGUGAGGUAACCCGAUUUGAACCGAAACAUCUCGUGGGUCGAAACCCAUUUAGGGUUCAGUAAUUAGGGUUUAAGGGUUUUCAUUUUUCUCAUUUUCCCUCUUUGAUUCUCAAUUUUCUUUCAGAUUUCUUCAUUUCAACACAAAUAUCGAAUAGUAAUUCCAAUUUUUUUUUUUCUCUCACAGAUGCAAAAUAUCUGAUGCAUCAACGUAUAGUAUUAUCCAGUUAUCAGGUACUUAAAUUUACUUCAGUUUUCUCACCAAAAAUCAGUUCUUUAUUUAUCCCUAAAUUGAAUAUUUGUAACCCUAGAAGAAAUAAUGAGCAUACUGUAUUUCGUGCAUUUAUGUAUACUUCCACACACUCUAAUAAGAGAAGAACACCUGACCCUAAUGAUCCAGCCACGUUAAUGAAAGAAGAUGGCAUAUCACUUUGUUGUAAAAUGUGGAUUGAUAGUUUUCGAGAAACCGAUAAAACGGUUACUAAUGUAACUGAUUAUUUAAGGAGAUUUGAAUUGUGGGUAUUGGCUUAUCAAAAGGUUAGUGCUGAUGAUACCGGUGCGUAUAUGCCACGGAGUGGGAUUACGCGUUCAGCACUUGAGGAUUUAUUGGCAUUGAGAAAUGCAGUUCUUGAUAAUAGAUUUAAAUGGGGUGCUAGGUUGGAGUUUUUUAUUAGAUCGCCGAGGGAUAAGACGGAUUAUGAGUCGUUGUCUAAAAGGAAGAUUAAAGCUAUCUUGACUACAACACAGCCAAGUCCAUUUCAAGAUAGGAUUGUGCAGGAAGUGUUGUUUAUGAUAUUGGAACCGAUUUAUGAGGCUCGGUUUUCACAAAAGUCUUUUGCUUUUCGACCUGGAAGGACUGCGCAUACAGCUUUGAGGGUUAUUAGGAGAAGCUUUGCGGGGUAUUUGUGGUAUAUAAAAGGAGAUUUAAGUACUGUUUUGGAUGGGAUGAAGGUUGGGAUGGUCAUUGGUGCUUUAAUGAGGGAUGUUAGAGAUAAGAAGGUUGUUGAUUUGAUAAAGGCUGCGUUAACUACUCCUGUGAUAACUACCACUGAUGAUGGUGAGAAAAAGAAGAAGAUAAAAAGAAAGUAUCAGAAGAAGAGAGUUCUAGCAGAUGAUGAGCCGAAGCCUGAUCCAUACUGGCUGGAAUCAUUCUUUGGGUUUGCUCCAGAGGAGGCUGAGAAAGUUCCUUCGUGGGGGCAUUGUGGUAUACUCAGUCCACUUCUGGCUAACGUUUGCCUUGAUGAGUUGGACCGCUGGAUGGAAGGUAAGAUUCAGGAGUUUUAUCGGCCUUCGAAGAAUGAUGUCAUUUGGAAUAGUCCAGAAGGGGAAGUAGAACAAGGAAAUACUUCUUGGCCCGAAUUUGUUCCUACUAGUGGGCCUGACAAGACCAGGAAGAUUGACUACAUCCGUUUUGGUGGUCACAUUCUUAUAGGGGUAAGGGGACCAAGAGCAGAUGCUGCAACACUAAGAAAGCAGUUGAUUGAGUUUUGUGAUCAGAAAUACAUGCUCAAGCUUGAUAAUGAGAGCCUUCCUAUUGAACACAUAACGAAAGGUAUUAUGUUUCUUGAUCAUGUAUUGUGCCGUAGAGUAGUCUAUCCCACACUCCGAUAUACUGCUACUGGUGGGAAAAUCAUUAGUGAAAAAGGUGUAGGGACACUGUUGUCUGUCACAGCUAGCCUGAAACAGUGCAUUAGACAAUUUAGAAAGUUGAAUUUUCUCAAGGGGGACAGGGAUCCAGAUCCACAGCCGUGUUUUCGGAUGUUUCACGCUACUCAAGCUCAUACAAAUGCUCAGAUGAAUAAGCUUUUAUCAACAAUGGUGGAAUGGUUCAGGUAUGCUGAUAAUAGAAAAAAAAUUGUUAACUUUUGUUCUUAUAUCAUUAGGGGUUCACUUGCUAAGCUCUAUGCUGCAAAGUACAAGCUUCGGUCACGAGCAAAGGUUUACAAGGUUGGCUCUAGGACUCUUAGUCGUCCUCUGAAGGAGAAAAAGGGGCAGUCACCAGAAUACCAUAAUUUGUUGAGGAUGGGUCUGGUGGAAUCAAUAGAUGGGCUCAUGUACACCCGCAUGUCCUUGGUACCGGAAACCGAUUAUACCCCCUUUCCAAUGGCUUGGAGGCCUGAUCAUGAGAAGGCACUGCUGGAGUAUAUAAAGCUGAGUGACCGGAAAACUUUGGAGGAGCAACAGAACUGCCUUAAAGAACAAGGUCUGAUCUCACCUCAGGAUUACAUUUCAAUGCUUGUCUGGAACUACAAAAGAAAUGAUGUUCCAGUAGAUCAGAAAAGUUUGUUACUGGGCACAGGUGUGGAGAAAGUUAAUGUAAGAAAUGAAAGUGAUGAAGAUGAUGAAGAAGGGGUAUAUGCAGAAGAAGGUUAAGGGAGAUUAGAGUUUUUGGAGGUCCUUUAGGCAUUUUGUUCUUCCGACAGAAAAGCAGAUACUAUAAGAUUUUAUGGUACUAAAGUUACUUGUGUUAUCAAGAAGAGUGUAGCAGCUUGUAUUCCUUGCAACCAAACCAAGGCAAGUGCCACCGGCCAUUGCAAGAUUCCAAGCAACUUCAUCCUGAUCCUGAACUUCUUCUUGCUUAAGAAGUGUCUCCAAUAGCAUAGGGACUAAGUGCAGGGAGAGCCUGCUUGAUGAAAUUAUAGCAAGGAACAUCAGAAUCUGCGUAAAAUCACCCUCACAAUAUUCUAAAAUAUCAAUCUCCUCAGCACAGAUCGAGCUUCAAAAUUCAAUGGCUUGAAGAGCAACAACAGAACAAUUUCCCUUGGGUUCGACAGUAUUUGGAAACUUUUGUGAUCCAUGUCUACUUGAACUUCCCUUUGCUGAUAAAUUGGAGUGGUACAGCAUAGGCUAGCAUGAUCCCUGCGCAACGAUAACAUGCACCAAAGCAUAAUGGAUAGAUAAGUCACAUUUUUAGUCUUUCUUAAAGCAUAAUGGAUAGAUAAGUCACAUUUUUAGUCUUUCUUACUACUUUUGUCACUUAAAUGUCCUCACAGUUAUUUAACUGGUUAUCUGUCUUUUGUGGUCGAAUUUAAAGAAAACUAAUGGAAAAGCUUGUACUUAGAAGGGGUACCAACAUCAUUUGAUUGGGCAACAAGACUUUAAAAAUGUAAAUGCUUGUAUCUGCUGGACGUAGUACUUCAUUCUUUUGCUGGAGAAUACAAUGUAUAAUCCUGCUACGACAUUCAUUGUUUAAUGGAGACUAUUUAUCAAAGCAGAAAACUGUUUGUUUCUUUAAUGACUAACAAUGAAAGCUAGUGCAAGUUUGAUAUUAAGAAAUGCACUGAUGUGAAAAAUUAAAGAGGCAGUGGAGUUGGACCAGCAUAUUAAUGUUUUUGUUUGCUUGUUUGAUAAAUUAGCACAACUUCCAAUCACUUUCAUUUAAAAUGUAAGUACCCUGAUCUCGUUUGGUAAGGGAUUUAAACUGUUUUGUUUAAUGCACUGGCCAAAUUGUGAUUUGUCGGAUUGUCAUACAUGUCCAUUUUUGAGAUCAUGCUUGCAAGAUAACCCUGACUGUGUGCGCCAAGUUGUGCUAUAUGAGCUUGUCUAAGAUAAUGAUUCUGUUUUUACUUGUUCAUUCCACAGUGUUCCUCUAGCACAGACAAAAAGACACCAUCUCACAAAAGUAUUAAUGUACAAAAAUUAAGACAAACGAGGGUUGAGAAAAGGGUAUAUAUCAAACAUGGAGCAAAAACCGGAGUUAUGGUCUUAACUAUUCAUUACCAUCAAAAUCUCAUCCUUUACAAUUAUCCAAAAACUAGCUUCAGUAAAACCCUAAUAACAACUAUUAAUACUAAGGGUUACUUAAGACAUAAGUAAUUAUCCAAAAUACACUUAGGCUAUAACUCUUAUUAAAUAAGCUUAAUGGACUAGUUAGGCGCCAUCCUUCUUGGGACAGCCCACUUCCUCCGUUGUGCUUCUUUAUAUUACUCUCUUAAGUCUUGGUCUCCUCUUUUGUAAAUAUCCAUUUAAGCAUAUUAAGGAUCCUGUGGUCUUCUCUUAUCAAAAGGAUCUUGUGGUCGCCCUUCCAAACUCUUCUAAAUCACGCUAAGCUCUUGAUGUUAAUAUGGAAGCCUCCAAUCUCAUGAGUGCCUCUCGUGCCUACAUCAAGUUAUUAUAAUAUAACUAUGAUUUAUGGUGUUAGCCUGU